AUGACAGCCAGCUUUGUGACGUCGUGUACCGAAUGCUUGAUCCGUCACUACUUGAUACUGACAUCCGAGGACAUUGAACAAUGGCAAGAGGACCCUGAAGGAUGGCUGACGGAGGCAGAGGCCGAUCAGUGGGAAUUUGAGUUGAGGCCGUGUGCUGAAAAGACGUUCACGACCUUACUUUAUCACUACCGCGACCUUCUCUUGCCUCUUCUUUUGCAUUUCGUCGAUCAAGCGGUCGUGCUUGACCGACAGGACCCACAAGCCUUUUUUUUCAAAGAGGCUGUUUAUAGUGCGAUUGGACUGGGUGUCAAAACCCUGUAUGGCCAUUUUGAUUUUGAACGGUUUGUCAUGACCUAUCUGGUCAAAGACCUUGACCGUCCCGCCGGCCCUCCUCCCAUGAUCAAGAGACGUAUCGCUUGGACGCUAGGAAAAUGGGCGUCGGAAUCGAUCAGCGAAGAGUGUCGUAAAGUAGCCUUUGAUGUGUUGCUCCAAUGGAUGGCGGCGCCCCCUUCAGAAGAAAAAGAACAAGAACAACAAGGUCAACAGCGGGUGGUGCAGCUCACCGCAGCGCAUGCAUUGACGCAAGCCGUCGAUAACUGGGAAUUUGAUAUCCAGCUGUUUCUGCCCUAUCUGGGUUCGACCCUGACCCACCUACUCCACCUGCUUUCUCAAGCGGAAGCGCCAGAGACCGUUCUGUCACUGGUCACGGAUGUGAAAGCCAUCCUUAUGAGAACAGGAACCGAGAUUUUACCGUUUGCCUCGGAUAUCAUUCAAAUGUUACUCCCUUGUUGGCAACCCACAAGGGAGCCUUUACUCUUAUCCUCCUUGAUAGAUACAUUUCGACAUGUUGUCGCUGAAGCCCAUGUUUAUUUGUUAGAAGAUGCUUUGGACCUCUGGUGGACGCUUUUACAGACCGCACCGAUGAACAGCCCUGAAUUCAUGUCGCUUUACUAUCCACCGGCUCUAGCGCUUUUAGAUUAUGACACUGAAAACCUUCGUAAAGUGCUCAAGGUGAUAGAAAGUUACCUCUUGCUCGACCCGUCCUCCACAUUAGCCCCGCCAUAUCAACCCAUCUUGUUUGAGAAGCUGGCUUCCAAGGUGAAGGAUACGACGAGGGGUCCUGUGGCUCAUUAUGUAUCGCAUACGCUGGAUCUUGUGCUUCAGAGUGCACCGUUGUCGGUCUAUGGUCAAGCCCUUGUCGACUCGGAUGUAUUGACCAAUAUACUUGAAUUGUUAAUGAAAGAGGACAAGAGUCAAGCCAUGGCAACGUAUAUGAAUGUAUUUGCAAGAUUGGCUUUUUUGGAUGCCAACUUUGUGAUGCGCAUCCUUCAAACAAAAACUCAACCACAGCAGCCACAAGACGAGGUGAUCAGUAGGGUAUUGGAUAGAUGGUUGGACAAUGUUAGUUUUCUCUUAAUGGAAAAAAAAAAAAAAAAGGGAAAAAAAAAGCUGAUGGUUUUUUUUUUUUUUUUUUACAAGUUGGAUUAUUUAGAUGCACAGAAAAAGAGGGUUGCCUGUGUAGGAUUGACCCAUUUGUUACUGUCCUCGAGUAGUAGCCAUAGUAGUGGUGAUGAUGUUGUGAAGGCAGUAGUGAUGAACAAGUUACCCAAUAUCAUGGCGGUGUGGAUGGAUGCUGGCUUUGACAGGUAGAGCUGCCUAUUGAGUUGACCAACCCCUAGAUGCGUAACCCUUCUCUCACACCCUUGUUUGUCCAUUUAGCGAUCAUGCUGCAGCGCUUGUGUCAGAGGAAGAGAUGGAUAUCAAUGAAGUAGAAGCAUGUCAAGAAACGCUUAGAAAGAAACAAGUAAGUUGCGCGCUUCCCCUCCUUUGAAAAGAGUAAGCAUCUUUUUUCUUAUGGUGUCCGUUUUAUUGGUUAGCUUGUAGAAAAUGAUUCUCUUUAUCACGUCCACUUGCUGGCAAUGAU